CUUACCCAGCAACCGUGUAGGAGUAUUAAUUAAUUCCUUCAAUUUCAAAGAAGUUUCCAAGUUCCAACACACUCAAAUUCAUUCAGCCAUGCCUGAAUCACAAACCCACCUCCUCGCCUAUCCCUUCCCAUCUUCCGGCUACGUCAUCCUCCUCCACGGCUGCGCCAUCCUUUCCUCCUUCUUCCAUCUUCUCUUCUGACUAAAAAAGAUUCAAUCUACCUUCUCUCUUAUUCCUGUUUUUGAGUUUGUCAAUUUAUGUUUUUGCCCUUCUACCAAUUAAAAAACUAAAUCCAUCAUCUAAUUCUAAUCUUUGGGAUGCCUCUAAUAAUAACCAACAAAUGGCAAAUGCUUAUCUUGUGUACGUAGAUCCUAAUUUAACGAAGUCCCUGGAUCAUGCAAAGCACAUUGUUGGUUGUUGAGAUCAAUUUGAUCAAAGAAAUUCUUCCUAUCAUAUCAUUCUGUAGUUAAUUAACUUAUAUAAGUAAGACAAUAGAAAGAAUUUUGAGAUUUAGAGAAAUAAACAUGUCUUGAAAAUCGGUCUCCUUCCAAUCUGUUCAAGAAAAUGGAGAGAAAUGAAGAUGUGGAGAUUGUGAUCGUGGGAGGUGGUAUAUGUGGCCUUGCAACAGCCCUCGCCCUUCACAGGAAGAGCAUUAAAAGUUUGGUGUUAGAAAGAUCAGACAAGUUGCGAGCUACAGGAGCAGCCAUUAUUGUGCAGGCAAAUGGGUGGCGUGCUCUUGAUCAGCUAGGUGUUGGUUCAAUUCUUAGACAAACGGCCAUUCCAAUUAAAGGGGGGAAAUUUAUAACGCUUAAUGAGGCUGAGUCAAAGGAAAUACCAUUUGGGGUUCCUCACGAAUUUCGUUGUUUGAAGCGUACUGAUCUGAUGGAAGCCAUGGCCAAUAGUUUACCGGAGGGAACUAUACGUACCAGUUGUCAAGUACUUUCCGUUGAAUUGGAUCCAGUAACACAUGAUCAAAAACUUUUGCUAAGCAAUGGAACCAUCCUUCAUGCCAAUGUUGUUAUUGGAUGUGAUGGCGUGAAUACUUGCAUUGCAAACAUGGUUGGAUUACAACGGUCUAAUUUCUUGCCCUUCUUGACAUGCGUGGCGCGAGGCUUCACAAAUUAUCCAAAUGGUCAUCAAUUUGGUAGUGAGUUUGUUAUGAUGGUCAGAGGUCAUGUCCAACUUGGAACAAUCCCAGUGACGGAAAAGCUUGUUUACUGGUUUUUAACAAGGCCAAAAACUUCUCAAGAUUCAAUAAUUUCAAAUAACACAAGUCUUAUUAGACAAUCUUUGAUGGAAUCAAUGAAGGGUUUCCCAACACACGCAAUGGAUAUGAUACAAAAUUGCAUGUUGAACUUCUUGCAUCUCACUGACUUGAAGUAUCGUCCACCAUGGGACUUGAUUCUUAGCCACUUCCGGAAAGGCACAAUAACCAUUGCUGGCGAUGCACUGCAUGCUACAGGCCCAUUCAUUGCACAAGGUGGCUCAGCUUCCAUAGAAGAUGCAAUUGUUCUUGCUAGAUGCUUGGCCCAAAAGAUGCAUAGUGCUAAGAACAACGCGAUAAGAAAGAGAGAUGUAGAGGAAGCAUUUCAUCAAUAUGCUAAAGAAAGGAAGAUGAGAAUCUUUUGGAUCUCUUUGCAUAGUUUUCUUAUUGGGAAAAAGCUUGAUGCACAAUCAUUCAUAAUGAAAUCGAUUAUCAUUGCACUCAUGGUGAUUCUGUUUAGAGACCCAGAUUGGCAUACCCGCUAUGAUUGUGGGACUCUAUAGGGAAAAUGAAUGGGUAUAAUGUAUUAAUACUCAUGAUUUGAAAUAAUAUCAUUAAUUUCAGUUA